GUGUGAGUUAGCCAGCUGUAUAAUGAGGAAAAGGAAGUCUCUUGAAACCUGUCUUGGUGGCCCAGCAAUCAUUCGGAAUGCACUUCGCAGGAGCUGGGAAGCCUCUAAUUAAAUUCAGGCACUGCGAGAGGUCCAUCUACACGUUCAGUGUGCCCCAAUGCUGCCCUCUCUGCCAGGGGGACGUGGGCUCCACCAGGAUAGAGGACGCACCCAUCAGCAUCUCAGAUCCAUUCUCCAAUGGUCAUCAAGAGAAGUGCGCCUUCCUCCUCAAACCCACGAGAGGGACGUUUCUUAGGGAGUACGACGGGAAGUCCGAUCUGCACGUUGGAAUCACUAACACACGCGGGGUCGUGUAUAAUUACAGUGCACACGGCAUACAGCGAGAUGAGGCAGGCUGGGAGCGGAGUCUCAGCGUUCCACUAGUACAGCCUAGCAUGUUUGGACUUCUGGACCAGUGGGACAAGUACUUGGAAGACUUCUCCGCUUCGCUGGCCUGGCUGCCUCAGAGGUAUGAAGAGAAUCAGCACAACUGCCUGACCUUUGCCCUCGCCUUCAUUAACUGCAUACUCGCCAUGGAAGGCAGAGAGCAGCUGGACAAGCGUGCGUUCACAGAGAAGUACGUGAUCCCGAGGACCCGCCUGGCCUCCAAGUACAUCACACUCUUCAGGGCCAUCCAGGAGAGCGGCUUCCACGUGACUGACCAUCCCGACCCACGGACAAGCCCCUCUUGAGCAGACUGGACCGAAUGCUGCAUCUGAGGGUCGUUGAGACAGGACAGUUGGGUUUGUUGCCUUUAAACGGUACCACUGAUCUAUAAAUGUACUUAAUUGUGACUAAUUAAAAAAUGUAU